CAUUUUAUUCACUUUUCUUUUUCAUUCCUUAUAAAAUUGUCAUUCCAAUAUUUUCAUGUCGCCUAUCUUAUCACCCAAUAUGAAACUGUUAAUUUAGAUGUUCCUCUUUUAAUAAACAAUUUGCUUUACAUUGCAGAUCACAGUCUAUUGCCUUAUCCAUUGACUUGAAGUCCAUGUUAUUAUUUUCAUCUCCUCCAGGUUACAUCAAAAUCAUAUCAAAAUGAACCAACAACACUUACUCUAAUUGCAUCACUUGGUUGUCUGACAAUUACAACAAUCAUCAUCGUUAAUUGAAGCCAGUUAAAUUGAUAUAAAAGUGUUUCUAUUAAUUAUGAGAAAUGGGCGAAAGUCGCAACAAUUUCAAAAUAACGCUCACAAUUAGAAGCGCCAAUGACAAUGAUAUCUACUUUAAGCGAGAUGGGAAACGUUUUGAUUGUGAGCAUACAAUUAAAUUGCUGGUUGAGGCAAGUUAUCAUUUUACAAUAACAAUCAAACCUUCACUGCCAUUACAGAGCGUUAGCGUUUGUGGUAUUGGUGUUUCUGUCACUGAUUUAUCUCAACAAGAAACUGACGGAUCAAAAUAUACCUUUUCCUGGAGUUCAACCAAGAUUAAUCCAAGCAAGAAAAAGGAUCGAACCAAUGUUCAGUUACUAUUCCAAUUCCAAGAUGGUCUUACCCUGGUACUGCCACUGCAAGUUAAAUUUUAUCGUCCCGAAGAGACUGAUCAUCUGGUCUGGGGUAGUCCAUUAAACCAUGUUGAAUAUAAUUGUAUGGUUAAACCAGGUCAAACCUAUGUUGAUAUCGUCAAAGAAAUAUUUAGAUGAUCAUGAUUAUCAUCUCAAGCCACAGUCACAAUCAAUCGUCAAUCAAAUGAUCGGCUUUCUAUUGGAUAAUCAUUAAGCUAAACAUCAACAAAUCCGUUAAAUUCAUAAUCAACUGAAUCUAAACAUUCUAGUCGUCGAUUCCCUUAAACUUAUCACUGUUUUUGUCUUCUGGUUUUCAUAUUCAUCACCAUCGACCAUCAUCGCCAAUAUGAGCAAAACUGGACAAUUUUUCCUGUCAUUCAUAUUACUCAACUAAUUGAGCUGUUGAAUCUUAUUUAAAUUACAAAGACCAAAAUGAAACUACUACCUCAUUUAACUGAUUCACAUGUUAAUAGUAGUUGAUAAACAUAUUCAAAUGCAUGAUAAUCUCAAUGUAGCUACAAAGAUGGAGAAGAGUGCGUGUUGUGUUAUUAGAUUAAUUGUUAGAAGGUAAUUUGUUGUUUUCCAUUUUUCGUUAAUUAUUGAAGGUUACUUAUUGAAAUGAUGAGCGUUUCCCAUGAUUAAGUUAAACUGUUUAAACUAAUUAUCUUAAGUCACAAGUUAAGUAUCAACACAUAUUGGGUAAAUUGUAAUGUCUUUUUUUGUAAAACAUUACAUUCCACUCUUUUUCAAUUUAUUUUUGUUUAUUUUGUUAAUGUGAUUUAUUUUGAUAAUACAAUUUUGUUUUGUUAGUCAAUCGCACAUUUAGAUUGACACUUUUUAUUUAUAUAUCAAUUUACAUCGUGAUUUAACCUUAAUUAACCAUUAAAACAUCGUUACAAUGCU